AUGGGCAGCACCAUGGAGCCCCCCGGGGGUGCGUAUCUGCACUUGGGCGCCGUGACGUCCCCGGUGGGCACGGCCCGCAUGCUGCAGCUGGCCUUUGGCUGCACCACCUUAAGCCUGGUGGCCCACCGGGGAGGCUUUGCAGGCGUCCAGGGCACCUUCUGCAUGGCUGCCUGGGGCUUCUCCUUCGCGCUCUCUGUCCUGGUGGUGGCCUGUGAGUUCACGCGGCUCCAUGGCUGCCUGCGCCUCUCCUGGGGCAACUUCACGGCAGCCUUCGCGAUGCUGGCCACCCUGCUGUGCGCCACGGCUGCUGUCAUCUACCCGCUGUACUUUACCCGGCUGGAGUGCCCACCCGGGCCCGCGGGCUGCACUGUCAGGAACUUCCGCCUGGUGGCCAGCGUCUUUGCCGGGCUCCUCUUCCUGGCCUACGCCACCGAGGUGGUCCUGACACGGGCCCGGCCCGGCCAGGUGACCAGCUACAUGGCCACUGUGUCGGGGCUCCUCAAGAUUGUUCAGGCCUUCGUCGCCUGCAUCAUCUUUGGGGCGCUGGCCCACGACAGCCGCUACGGACGCUAUGUGGCCACCCAGUGGUGCGUGGCCAUCUACAGCCUUUGCUUCCUGGCCACGGUGGCUGUGGUAGCCCUGAGUGUGACGGGCAGCACAGGGGGCCUGGGCUGCCCCUUCGACCAUGUGGUGGUCAUGUACACCUUCGUGGCCGUGCUGGUGUACCUCAGCGCUGCUGUGAUCUGGCCCGUCUUCUGUUUUGACCCCAAGUACGGCGAGCCUAGACGGCCCCCCAACUGCCCUCAGGGCAGCUGCCCGUGGGACAGCCAGCUGGUGGUGGCCAUCUUCACCUACGUCAACCUGCUUCUGUAUGUCAUCGAUCUUGCCUACUCCCAGAAGAUCCGCUUCGUGCCCACCCUGUAG